GCUCCGGCACAUCCCUCCCCGCGGCGGGGCCGGCCGAUCCUCCGUGCCAUGCCAGCCUUUAAACGGCAGGUGCGGGGGAGCCAGCCAGACGCGGCACGGGCGGGUCGGCGGUAGCGGCGGGCGCCUUUCGGCUCGGAGCGGAGCAUGUCGGUGGCCACCGGAGGCAGCGAGGCGGCGGCGGCACCGGGCGGAGGCGGCGGCGGGGGCCGCGUCUUCUUUCAGAGCCCCCGCGGCGGAGGCUCGGGGCGGGAGGACGCGGUGUCGGCGGCGGCGGUGCAGGUCCAGCAGCGACGCCACCAGCAGGGCAAAGUGACGGUGAAAUACGAUCGGAAGGAGCUGCGGAAGCGGCUGGUGCUGGAGGAGUGGAUCGUGGAGCAGCUGGGGCAGCUCUACGGCUGCCAGGAAGAAGAGAUGCCAGAUGUAGAAAUUGACAUUGAUGACCUUCUUGAUGCAGCCAAUGAAGAAGAGAGAGCUCUCAAAUUACAGGAAACUCUUGUAGAUUGCUACAAACCAACAGAGGAAUUUAUCAAAGAGCUGCUAACUCGGAUAAGAGGAAUGAGAAAACUCAGUCCCCCUCAAAAGAAGAGUAUAUAAAUAACUCGAAGUAGUAGCACUCUGUAAAAGACAUGGCAAGGGAAAUGGGACUUUGAAUACAAGACCUUUAUUAAAAUACUUGUCUUUCUCCACAACUUUUAUGAUUUCAUUCAGGUUUGACUCAAGGAAUUUCUUUUGUGUGUUUUAAGGGUUCUUUUUUAAGUGUCAAUUUUUAUUUUUAUUUUUUAAUCAAGAAUAUCAACAUUUUGGAUGCUGCUCAACUUUCACUUGAGGAUUACAGAAGCAAGUGAAGAAUCCAAGAGUUAGUGAUGAAAGGCAGCAAGCCUACGUGGUAAACCGGAAGAUCUUGUACAUUUACAGAGCUAGGAGACUUCUCCUUGUGACUAGUUGGAUAAUGUUUUUUAAGUUGGUUGUACAUUUAACUCAUGGAUGUCAAAUUUCUUGUGCUUGUCUGUACAUAAAUUAUAAAGUGGGUUGUGAAUACUGUUUCACAUGGAUGGAAGGAAAAGUUUGUUACAGUAAAUUAUUUAAAUGGUGGUUAUUGCAAAUAUGCUACCAGAAGGUACCAAUUUAGAUUACUAAAAUGAGUUCUGCCAUUUUUCUAAGUACCCUUAAAGUAGCCCGGUGAAAAAAUUUCAUCAUAUCUUCUUAUUUAGACUGCAGCAUAUGAGAAUUGGGAAUUUUAAGGGCUUAAUUUGUAGACUUAAAGUUGUUAUUUUAACUUUGAUGCUUUGCCAGAUCAUUUCCUCUCCACCUCAUGGUGUCUUGGAACUGUGCAAACCUAUGCUGAAAAAGGGCCUGCAGUCAUAUCUAGAGAAAUGUCCAUCACCACUUAAAAGCUGCUUCACAGUGGAGGAAAAAGGCAAUGCUGCCAAAAUAACUUUAAAGCACUGUCUUGCAUUUAGUGAUGUGGUCUUAAUCAAGAUUCUUCUCCUAUUCAAGUAGGCAAAGAUUAUUAUAGUCUUUUUUAUGGCUCUACCCUGAGACUUGGGAGAGUUUAUAAUGUGGAUCUCUUGUAAAAGCGAGAACAGAAGAGAGAUUUCCUGCUCCCUCCUGGAAAAUAUCCUAUCUGAAAUGUUCGAUAAGCUACCAUAUGCUGGUAGGUGACACUAGUCAGGCAUUUUAUAUCAAGGGUGCUCUGAACAUAUUUUAUUUUUCAAAAGAAGUACAUGUUUGUGAAUUUUAUGUAUACUGGCAAGCUUUUUUAAUGUAUUUAAUUUUGUAAUGUUUACCAAUGAUUUUAUUUACCAGAUAUUUACUCAAAUAAAUGGAACAACUUGUGACUUGUUACAUGUACACUUUACUGUUGCUGAAUAGGUUGGUAAAUGGACUUUCUUACCAGAACGAGAAGCCUGGCAGGUGGUGAGUACAUGGGAACCCAGCUGCAUAGAUCCCAGCUGGCUUAGAGUGUACAACAAAAGGCUCAGCUCAGUAUCACUUAGCCAAAUUUCUGUAACCUGGUGGACAGCCUCGCUUCUGAAAGUCUACAGCUGGGGCAUGCAUUCCCUGUGCCUUGAAGAAUUAGAAAGAAGAGAAAUCGUGGAAAUACUUUCAGAUAAGUACUGCUGCUUCCUUUUUGCCUUCCCCCAGGGGUCAGAUGAGGAGGGCUCACCAGUGGGUGAUACUCAGUUCUCUACUGUAGGUCUGGCAGCAGGGCUGUCUGCCUUUCAUGCCCUCUGUAUCUCUCUAAAUUUGCCCUAGGGAAUUUUAGCAGCCCUGAGAAAAGACUUGGUUGUUUUGCCUUGCAGCAAGUCAAGUUUAUGUCUUGUACCUUGGUGAUGCUGCAGUUCAGUCCUGGUUUCUAAUGGAGACUUUUAACUUUUUUUUUUUAAUGGAAUGUGAAAUGAGCUCUGGGAAUAUCAGGAGGGGGGUUGUGAUUUCUGCUGUUUUUAUGUUGCUGUUUUUCACAAUUGCUGUCAGUGUUAUCAAUGGGAUGUCUUCAGAAAGAGGCCCGUGUAAAUGAACUCUCUUAUCACAAGGAGAUUCUCUCAUUGGACUGUACUUCUUGUGGAGGAUCUGAGGCAGCUACAGCUGCCUAUAUAUUGCAGGUGAUGUUUAGAAACAACCUCCCGUCAGAACAGAAAGGUUAGGGUCAUUUCUGCAUCCAGAGAAACAUUGUAUGAUUCAUCUUACAACUUCAAAUAUGUACAUUUUUUUCUUCUUGUAUAAAAACUGUGUGCGAAAUCAUAAAUGUAAGGUAAUGGCAGCUAUGUCUGAUAUAUCUUUUAUCCUGCAGCAAAAUGACACUGCAAAUAUUUUUCCCUCAUGUUACUCAGAUAAAAAAGCCCAUAUGUGUCACCUGUUUACAUUUUUUUGUUGUCUUUUUCUUGCACUGCAUAUGUUAUGGAAAAUAGCAGCCUACUUUUUUGCAAGCAGUUGGAAGAGAUCAGUGGUAGACUUGGAAGCAACAAACAUUGGGACAGCCCAUGCUAUGUUCUGCUGUGUGUGGAUGGGACAUUUACUUUUGUGAGGGGCUUCCUCUCUUCCAGCUCUACGUGUGUUGCUAUCUUACAAGUGUCAGUGACAAAAACUAAUUAUAAAUAGCUGUUUUUUGCAUCUGGUAUGAUUUUUCUGGAGACUCACAGGUCUCCUUUUCACUGCUUUUUACUGAACUGAGAUGCUCUUGGCCUUGGUGUCUGUGGGGGAGAACCAAGCCAUUCAUGAAGAUUUCUUUGAGAUCUAUGUCUUUAUACUGUGAGGGUGUACUUGGCUCAGUAGAUAUUCAAGGGGCGUAUCAAUAGCACACUGUUGCUGAAACAAUGUGAAGUUAAAUUGUAGUUGAAAUUCUUCACUGCCAUGGCUGGGCCACUUUCCUUAUGUGGGCCAAAUCUGCAGUGAGUGCUUCUCUGAGGUUUUAAAUGGCCUAAUGAAAGGAACCGAUGUGCCCUGAAAUAAAUACAUAGCAAAGCUGAGGUUUUUUACUUUGGCACUGAAGUGCCUCUCCAGUAUACAAGGUUGCCUGUGAGAGUGUGUGUUCCUGGGGUAUGCUUUGUGACAUAAUUAUCCUUUGCAUGUUUUACAGCAGGAGCUGACACUGUGAUGAUGUCUUUUAGUUGGCUUAGGAUGAGAAAGUGCUUGUAAUCAUACUCAGUGUGUCUCGUGGUGUAACAGGGACAUAGGAAAUAACGUUCCAACCUUGAUUUUUACCCCUUCCUGCAAUUACUUCUGUGGUGGAUUUUACUCCUAAAGUUUGUGCAGGGACCAUCUGGGGAACGUAGGGGGUAGAGAGGGUCUCAACUUUCUCUAUUCUUGGAGAAUAUGACCAAGAAAGGUGGGAGCAAAAUACCUGCCCUUCUUGUGUACUUUGAUCUCUUGGACACUGUGAGCCUUUGAAGAGUCUUUAGCACUUUUCUCUAGCAUUAUGUGUAGAAACUGAAUUACUUGGCAACUCUGAAGUGCAUUUGCUGUAUUAAGGCAGCCUUAACAUAAGCAGCUCCAGAGGAAAAAAGCAUGAGGGCCACAUGAACAGUGCACCUGUUGUAUGGAAACAGGAAGAGGAUACAGGUCUAGUUCUGAACAAAGAGUUGUACUUGAACUCUUGGUGAAGUGCUGUAACACAAGGAUUAAUUGAUUCUGCAUAAGAUUUGCCAUCACCAGCGUCUUCCACAGAUGCUGAACAAGUACUGAAUAAAUGCAUGCAAUGAUUCUCUGAUUUAUAAAGGAUGUUGAGAUUUUGAGGAGUCAGAAAGGAGGUGAAGUACUUGGAAAUUUA